CUCAGAAUUUGAUCGAGAUCUCGAGAAUGAUUUGAUCGAAGCGGCGAUAAUUUGACGGCUCAUCGGUGAUUUCGAACAUGUAUUUUUUGCACGGUGUUGUUUGAACUAUAAGUCACUCAAUCAUGAAAUAUUAUUUUUUAAGCUUCGUUAUAGUUGCUACAAGCUUGAGAUUUGCGAUAUCGGACAACGUUGAAAAUACGACCUCGACCGCAUCAUUCGUUACAUUUCCAACCCCCAAUGUGAAGAAAAUAAACAUCGCUCUUAUCGAGGGUUUGGUAAAUAUCCACGUGAAAAAACUACUAAACGCGUUCGUUAAAAAUAAAUAUGAAUUACGCGUGGUCGGUGGCGCUGUGCGGGAUGUUUUAAUGGGCGUACGACCGAAAGAUUUAGACUUCGCUACGGAUGCUACGCCGGGCCAAAUGAAAUAUUUUUUCAAGCAAGAGAAGAUCUAUACGAUAAAUCCAAACGGAGAAGCUCACGGCACUGUUACAGCGCACAUACAUGGCAAGAAUUACGAGAUCACCACUCUUCGAAAAGAUGACGAAUGCUUCGGACGUCAUGCUAGAGUGAUUUUUACGAAAAAUUGGCGAGAGGAUGCUACCAGACGUGAUUUGACUAUCAAUUGCAUGUUCCUGGGUUUCGAUGGGACCUUGUACGAUUAUUGCGGAGGAGAAGAGGAUGUGAAAAACAGAAACGUUAGAUUCGUCGGCGACCCUGCUACUCGUAUUAAAGAAGAUUUUCUCAGAAUUAUGCGAUAUUUUAGAUUUUACGGAAGAAUAUCUAACGAAUCUGAUAACCAUGAUCCUGAAAUUUUAAAAGCCAUUCGAGAGAAUAAAAGCGGCUUAAGUAGCAUUUCCGGUGAACGUUUAUGGUUAGAAUUUCAGCAAAUCUUGGCCGGCCCAUUAAAUAAGGAUGUAGUCUAUAAAAUGUUUGAUUUAGGCUUAGCGCCGUUUUUAGGUUUAGGAAAAACUGAAGAUUUAAACAGAACUUGCUUCGAAAACAUUUGUAAAUUGAAAGAAAAUUACGAAUUCAAACCCAUCACUUAUUUAGCUGCUUUAUUACCCAAUGAGACCAGGGUAACCGAACUAGCUUCACGUUUAAAAUUAUCCAAUUUAGAUCGCGAUUUGGCAAUUUUCCUCAUAACUCAACGGUCAAAACCAUUUGUUCUGAUUCCUGAACACCCUCUGAGACCCUACCAGUCACUUUUAGUAGAAGCCAGAAAUAGAGAACAAGUCAAAACAUUCAUCUUGGAGUUACUGCGAUUUUUGAACGUUAGUGAUAGUGUUGUUCAAGCAUUCGCUGGCUGGUCGAUUCCUCCUUUUCCGAUGGAUUCAGCUAGGCUACGUGAGAGAGGAAUAUCUUUUGGUCGUCAAAUGGGCUACGUCAUGAAAGGACUGAAACAGUAUUGGGUAAACAAAAACUUCAACGUUACAGAAGACGAUCUUUUAAACCAAAUACCAGAUUUAGUAGCAGAAUUUAGAAAAUUCUUAUCACCGACCCUCAGUUGGACGAAUCCUCCAACAUACACCAGAUGGCCGACGGCGAAUACCAGUGAACCAUCGUCACACGUAAUGGGCAUGGGCAAUACCACUGCAGGAAAUGACAAUACGUCGUCGUCGUCGUCGUCAUUUUCUACGUGGGUAGAAUCUGCUUCAACGGUAACUGUACAAACUCAGCAGAUUGAGAUUACCUCGAAAGAGACGACUACUCAAACGAAAUCUAUUACUUUGAGCCAGGAUCAAAAGUACAAACUGAAUGCCCUUGAUUUUCUGGGUGGUCUCCAAUUUACUUUUCGUGGUUUUUAGUAGAUUGCCAACCGUUAGAAAUUCAAGAAUAGUGCGAUGGCUCGAUAAGUAGGUACUUGGAAAAUUUACUUAUGUGAAAUUAAAUUUUUUAGAAUGUUGGUAAUUUAAUCGAUGAUAAUUGUUUGGACCUUUUAUUCGUCCAUUUUUAAUUUGCUGAUAAGAAUAAAUUAUUUUUAAAUAACUACCUGGGUAAUGUACAUAUAAUAAGUAGUUACUUCGUAAUGUACAAAAUGACAAAAUAUAUACGCAAGUACAUUGUAAUACUUAUGGGUAUUGUUGAGUUGCGUUUAAAAUUUAUGCUUUUAUUAGGUAGGUACUAGGUACAUUUCCAGCCAAUUUCUCUUUCCUAUUUUUUUUGUUCGGGGUUUUUAUUUUUUGGCGGGUCAUUUUGAUCGCUUCAUGGAGCAAAUUUUCCGCAAAGUGGCGUGAGAAUUUUCCAAAUUUCUCUCGUCGUGAAAAUUCUGCGCAGAAAGUGACACGCUGUCUCCGUUUUACUUUUAUCGGUGAUAAUUCGGUGGUGCGCAGUUCAUAUCUAUUUUUUGUAAGUUUUACUAUCAAACCAAAUGUGUUUUUCGUGAGCAAUUCUCAAUGUCGUCUUGCCAUUAGAUAAUUUCCAGCACGUGAAAUCAGAUUGUACUGUUGGCAAUGGAAAUGAUAAAUCUAACAAAAAUAUGCCUGGUGGUCCGGUCAACGCUGACCCAAAUUCGUCAAAAAUUAAACAAAUAGCGAAAAGGCUACAAAGUGAUAUGAAUUCCCAGCCCAAUGCAAACUGUAAAGUGAAGGUCAAACAAAUCCUGUGCGCAACUUCGCAGGUGGUAUCGGGUGUCCAAUACGAGUUAGAAAUGAAACUUUGUCCUCGCAAUUGUAUCCGCAAAUCUGCCGAUACAAACAGUUGUAAAAUUUGUACGGCGACAGUGUGGGAAAAAUCAUGGGAAAACUUUUUCAAUGUUACACGGUUCACUUGCAACUAAUAGAAGAUACGAGUAUAAUUUAUUGUAAAUUGUAUUUUAAAUACAUAGUUGGCAAAAAUUAA